UGCGGCGGUUAACCAAAAAUCGAAUAAAAGCCUAACCUAAAACAAAUGGAUCUUCUUUAAUAAUGUGUUAUAUUCUUCAAGCCCAUCAUUAUAUAAACCAUGUAUCGUGCAACUUUUACCAUCAUCAUUUCAAAGCAUUUCUUCUUCUUGUCUUGGCUCAAUUUAUAUACAACACACUCUCUCUCUCGGUUUUGUCCAAACAAUGGCUCGCUUCGGCAUUGUUCUAGUCAUAUCUCUUUGCCUCACAAUCUCUGUCUUGCCCGAUACAACCAUCGCGCAGCUAAGCCGCGGUUUCUACUCCAAAACUUGCCCCAAUGUCGAACAAAUCGUGAGAAAUGCUGUCCAAAAGAAAAUAAAGCAGACGUUCGUCACCGUCCCUGCCACUCUCCGUCUCUUCUUCCACGACUGCUUUGUCAAUGGUUGUGAUGCAUCUGUCAUGAUCCAAUCAACGCCUACGAACAAGGCAGAGAGGGAUCAUCCAGAUAACAUUUCGCUGGCCGGAGAUGGAUUUGACGUGGUGAUCCAAGCUAAGAAAGCCCUUGACGCUAACCCUCGUUGCCAAAACAAGGUCUCAUGUGCCGAUAUUCUUACUUUGGCCACCCGAGAUGUCGUUGUUGCGGCUGGAGGGCCGUCCUAUGAAGUUGAACUUGGUAGGUUCGAUGGUUUGGUAUCAACCGCGUCUAGUGUCGAAGGGAACUUACCAGGACCUUCGGACAAUGUAGACAAACUUAACGCUCUUUUCAAGAAAAACAAACUUACCCAAGAAGAUAUGAUUGCUCUUUCAGCGGCUCACACCCUUGGAUUCGCACAUUGCCGCAAGGUCUUUAAAAGAAUCUACAACUUCAACGGCAUCAACUCCGUGGAUCCAUCUCUAAACAAGGCUUACGCUAUUGAGCUUCAAAAGGCUUGUCCUAAGAAUGUGGACCCAAGAAUUGCAAUCAACAUGGACCCAGUCACGCCCAAGACGUUUGACAACACUUACUUCAAGAAUCUUCAACAAGGCAAAGGUCUCUUCACCUCCGAUCAAGUUCUCUUCACGGAUGGUCGCUCUAGGCCCACCGUUAAUGCUUGGGCCUCAAACUCUACGGCCUUCAACCGCGCUUUUGUGACCGCCAUGACCAAACUUGGCCGUGUUGGUGUUAAGAAUAGCCGCAAUGGAAACAUUCGUCGUGACUGUGGUGCGUUUAACUAGAGAUCAUGUUGAUGAUGGGAAUAUAUAAGUUAUCUUAUAUAAUUCAACUAUUUUUAUUUUCGUUUGAUUAAUGUUUGAAGUUCAUUUUGACAAUGAGAAGAUAUUGCUUUUUCAUUUGUUCUGUUUAUGUCUUUACUUUUACUAGAACCGACAAAUGUUCUAGUAGUCACAAGCGAUGUUGAUUUCAUUUUUGGUGUUGACAUGUUGAAAGAUAACGGUUUUAGUGUU